AUGACGAACGAGGACGCGCGCGAGAGCGGUUCAGGCGCGCGGUGUCAGCACAAUUACGUCGUCACGGCGCACAAACCCACCGUGGUCACGCACUCGGCCGUGGGAAAGUUUACGUCGAGCGAGGCGACUGAUUUAAUCGUCGCGAAGAGCACGCGACUGGAGGUGUAUCGCUUGCACGCGGAGGGGCUGAAACCGGUGCUGGAUGUGCCGAUAAAUGGUCGAAUCGCGACGAUGUCGCUGUGCCAAACGGGAUCGGGCGAUGGGAAGGCGCGGUUGUACCUGACGACGGAGAGGUAUGGGUUUACGGUGCUGUCGUACGACGAGGCGAACGAAGAGUUGAAGACGGAGGCGUUCGGGGACGUGCAGGAUAAUAUCGGUCGACCGGCGGAUGAUGGACAGAUUGGGAUCGUGGAUGACACGUGUCGAGCGAUCGGGUUGCGGCUGUACGACGGAUUAUUCAAGGUGAUUCCGUGCGACGAAAAGGGCGGGGUGAAGGAGGCGUUUAACAUUCGCCUCGAGGAGUUGCGCGUGGAGGACAUCAAGUUCUUGCACGGCACGCCCAAGCCGACGAUCGCGGUGCUUUACCGAGACACUAAAGAUGCGGUACACAUUAAGACGUACGAGAUCGGCAUUCGCGAGAAGGAAUUCGUGUCGUCGCCUUGGGCGCAGAACGAUUUAGAGGGUGGCUCGAAUAAAAUAAUUCCGGUCCCCGCGCCCAUCGGCGGUGUCGUCGUCUUGGGGCAGGAAAUUAUCGUGUACUUGAACAAGUUCGAAGACGACGCAGAUGUGUUUCUCAAAGCGAUCAACAUCCCCAACAUCCCCGAUCGGACGAACAUCACGUGCUACGGCGCUAUUGAUCCGGACGGCUCGCGCUACCUGCUGGGCGACGCGGACGGCAUGCUCUACUUGCUCGUCAUCUUACACGACGGCAAGCGCGUUCGAGAGCUUAAAAUUGAGAGACUUGGCGACACGUCAAUCGCGAGUACGCUUAGCUAUCUCGAUAACGGCGUGGUAUUCGUCGGUAGCACGUACGGCGACUCGCAACUCAUCAAGCUGCACGCGGAGAAGACGAGCAUCGAUAAAGACGGCAACCCGACGUACGUGCAAAUUUUAGAAGAGUUCACCAAUCUCGGUCCCAUUGUAGACUUUGCAUUCGUUGACUUAGAGCGGCACGGUCAAGGGCAAGUGGUUACGUGUAGCGGGGCGUUAAAAGAUGGGAGUUUACGCGUAGUGCGCAACGGCAUAGGCAUUGACGAGCAAGCGGUGAUUCAGCUUCCCGGUGUCAAAGGCUUGUUUUCACUUCGCGAUAGCGACGAUAGCCAAAUGGAUAAGUACUUGGUCGUCACAUUCAUAAACGAAACUCGCAUCUUGGGCUUUGUCGGGGACGAAGGGGACACGUUGGACGAGACAGAAAUUGCGGGUUUCGACGCUGAAGCGCAAACUUUGUGCUGUGGCAACAUGCAAGGCAAUGUUUUCCUUCAAGUGACGCACAGGGGCGUCCGCCUCGUCUCAAGAGGUGGCGACUUACUCGAUGAAUGGAAGCCAAAGGACGGUGCGGAGAUUCUUUCGGCGAAGUGCAACCCGACUCAAAUUCUUGUUGCAGCGGCGGGCGGGCAGUUACACUGCUUGAACGUGGCGAAGGGCAAAAUCGUCCUCUUGGCGAGUAAGACAUUCGAGAACGAAAUAGCUUGCUUAGAUUGCACGCCCAUGGGCGAUGGGAUGAGCUCGCCGGUGUGCGCGGUUGGUUUGUGGUCCAUGGAUAUCGUGCUCGCGUCAAUGAGUGACUUGAGCGUCAUCACGAAAGAAAGUACAGAUGAAGACAUCAUCCCUCGAUCGACGUUGCUGUGUUCGUUCGAAGACAUUCCAUACUUGUUCGUAGGCUUAGGUGACGGUCAGUUGAUCACGUACGUUUUAGAUCAGAACACUGGGGCUUUGAGCGGGCGCAAAAAAUUGAGCCUCGGUACCAAGCCGAUUACGUUGCAAACGUUUAAGAGCCAUGCGACGAAUGUGAGUAGUGUGUUCGCGGCGUCGGAUAGGCCGACGGUGAUCUUCAGCAACAACAAAAAGCUAAUCUACUCCAACGUCAACGUGCAAGAGGUGUUGCAUGUCUGUCCGUUCAGCAGCGAAGCGUUCCCGGACGCUCUCGCGUUGGCGGGCGACGAAGAUUUAACCAUCGGCGGGAUUGACGACAUUCAAAAGCUGCACAUUCGCACGAUCCCACUCGGUGGUCACCCGCGUAGGAUCGCGCAUCAGGUCGACACGAACACAUUCGCGGUCGCGGUCGAGCAUUUGAUGUCGAAGGGUGAUCAAGAACUCUUCAUCAGACUCAUCGACGACGGUUCGUUUGACACGCUCCACCAGUUUCGAUUAGAAGAGCACGAAUUGGCGAGUUCCUUGAUGUCGUGCUCGUUCGCGGGCGAUUCGAGAGAGUACUACGUCGUCGGUACGGGGUUUGCUUACGAGCAAGAAGAUGAACCGUCGCGCGGGCGCAUUCUCGUCUUACGCGUUGAGGCGGACGCCCUUGAACUCGUAUCCGAGAAAGAAGUUCGAGGCGCCGUGUACAACUUGAACGCAUUCAAGGGUAAACUUCUCGCGGGGAUCAAUUCUAAGCUAGAGCUAUUCAAAUGGACACCGCGCGAAGACGACGCGCACGAGCUGGUGAGCGAGUGCUCGCACCACGGCCAAAUCAUCACGUUCUCCGUCAAGACGAGAGGCGAUUGGAUUCUCGUCGGCGAUUUGCUUAAGUCCAUGUCGCUGUUACAGUACAAGCCCGAAGAAGGCGCGAUCGACGAGAUCGCGAGAGACUUUAACGCAAAUUGGAUGACUGCGGUGGCGAUGUUAGACGAUGACGAAACCUAUCUCGGCGCCGAGAACAGCUUGAACCUGUUUACCGUCGCUCGCAACAUGAACGCUAUGACGGACGAAGAGCGUAGUCGUUUGGAAAUCACGGGCGAGUAUCACCUAGGUGAGUUCGUCAACGUGUUCUCUCCUGGUUCACUCGUCAUGAGCCUCAAAGAUGGCGACAGUUUAGAAGUCCCCACUUUGCUCUUCGGCACUGGUAACGGCGUCAUCGGCGUCUUGGCCAGUCUGCCGAAGGACGCCUACGAUUUCGCCGAGCGCCUUCAAACCUCCAUGAACAAGCACAUCCAAGGCGUCGGUGGCUUGAAACACGCGGAGUGGCGUUCAUUCCGCCACACGCUUCGCCGCAAGAGCGAUCCUUCGAGGAAUUUCGUCGACGGCGACCUCGUCGAAUCGUUUCUCGACUUAAAAGUCGAGCAAGCCGACGUCGUCGCCGCUGACAUGAAGUGCGAUCGCGCCGAAAUCAUUCGUCGCGUCGAAGAGCUUCAGCGCUUGACGCAUUAA